AUGGAGAAUUAUAAGAGAAAAGAAAAUUAAUAAGAAUUUCAUGAUACGCAAAGGAAGUUGAUAUAAUCAUUAAGGAAUAUGUAUUAAUAUUACUUUUGGUAUUUUAUGAUUUUAAUGAAUUAUUAAGAUUAUCUUAUAAGAGUUUUAAUUAUUUUCUUUUUCUACUAUAUGCGAAGAAUAAAAGAUGCUUAAUAAGGUUUAAGAGUCUAAAUUAGAAAGUGAAGAAAGACAGUUAAAAGUAGAGAUUGAUUUAUUAAAAUUAGAAAAGUGAGGAGUUUAAUGAGAUUUAGAAAAUAAAUCUACUCGAUUAAGAAAAGCAAUUAAGAAAAGUUAAUAAUUAGAGAAGAGAUUAAUAAAAUAAGAAAAAGAAUUGAAUGCUUAAUCGUAAUUAUCCUAUAAAUGAUUAGAAAAGAAUUAUGAGAAAGAAUUGAAGAAUUUGCAAAAAAAGAAGCUGAUUAUUAGACUUAAAUUAUUUAAUUAAAAUAAUAGAUAACUUAAAAAGAAUUGGGAAUAUUUAUUAGACUAAGAAUAAUUGAAAGCCAAUAUCACAAAAUUGGAAUAAGAUAUUUGA